UCUAAACUAACAAUAAAAUGAUAAUUAAAUUUUAUUCUAUUAGAAAUUUUUUUUUUUUAACAAUUUGGAGUAAUUUUCUAUUACUCCAAAAUGCUUAUCAAAAUUCACAGCUGGUUUUAGCAGUGUAUAUAGCAUUUUAUACAAUGACAGAUGAUGACAAAUCAUGUAUACAUAUGUCAUAUUGUCAUUAAUAUAUACACUUUGUUAUUUUAGAUUCUAUGUAAUUUAGUGCAGUUGAUAUUUAUUUAUACAUUGUUAUACUAGUUUGUUCAAAAAUAGUAAACACCAAAGUGUAAUUUUAAUUUAAUUUAAUUAUUAUUAUAACAACAACAACAACAAUAACAACAACUGUUAUUAUUAUUGAAUGGAAUCAACAAACUCUGGACUUAACAAAAACAAUGCAUCAUCAACGAACACCUCAAAAAUUUCCUGUUUUUGUUUUUCCACAGAGUAUUACGUUCUUCUUAGAUGAACAAUCAACUCAUAAACAAGUACUUACACUUUAUAAUCCAUAUGAAUUUCCAGUAAGAUUUAAAGUUUUAAGUACAGCUCCAAAUAAGUACAAAGUUGUUGAUCCUGAAGGUACAAUUAAAUCAAGAUGUUGUGUGGAUAUUGUGGUUCGUCAUAUAGCAUUGAUAACAGCAAAUUGCAAUGCAAUUGACAAAUUGAGAAUACAAAUGCAAGAACAUCCAUCAAAACAAAUUAUUGGGAAGAGAGAUGUAGAAGCUAAGUUAUUAGCAGGUACCAGUGACAGUGUUGGAAGAAAUACUCCAGAUCCUGAAAUGUUUCAACAACUUCCAAGUACUGAAUAUCGAGAACAAAGAUCAUACUCAGUAGCACCACAAAGAGAAACAAAUUUAAUUGCUUUGAUUGCUGGUGUUUUAUGUAUAAUUGGAUUAUUAUUACCAACUGAGGGAGAAAAAAAUCAGAGGAUACCAGAGUAUCUUCAACUGUCAGUCAAUUUUAAAAUAAUACUUUCAUUUGUACUUGGUAUGGUGACAAUUAUUGUGUUAAGGCCAUAAUUAAUGUAAAAAACAUAUAUAGUUUAAGUAAAUAAUUUUUAUUUUUCGGUGUAAUUUUUUUUUCAAUUCGAAAUAAAUCAUUUAAAAUUUUAAA